CCGUCCCCCCGCCCGGCUAUAAUGUCGGGCCCCGGCCGGCGGCCGGCGGCGGUGGAGGUGUGCGCCUGGGCAAGGAACAUGGACUUCGUCCGCCUCUGGCUAGGGCUGCUGCUGCCCUUGGGGGGUGCGCUGGACUUCGGCUACCACCACCAGGAAGAGAUGGAAGCGUUUUUGAAGAACGUGGCCCGAAACUACAGUUCUAUCACUCGCUUACACAGUGUUGGGAAGUCUGUGAAAGGCAGAAACCUGUGGGUUCUUGUCGUGGGGCGCUUCCCAAAGGAGCACAGAAUUGGGAUUCCAGAGUUCAAAUACGUGGCCAACAUGCACGGAGACGAGACUGUGGGGCGGGAGCUGCUACUCCAUUUAAUUGAACAUCUUGUAACCAACGAUGGAAAAGACUUGGAAAUCACAAAUUUAAUCAACAGCACCCGGAUACACUUCAUGCCUUCCAUGAACCCAGACGGCUUUGAAGCGGUCAUAAAGCCCGACUGUUUUUACAGUAAUGGAAGGGAGAAUACUAACUUCUAUGACCUGAACAGAAAUUUCCCCGAUGCUUUUGAAUUUAACAAUGUAUCAAGGCAGCCUGAAACUGUGGCCGUCAUGGAGUGGCUGAAGACAGAGACGUUUGUCCUCUCUGCAAACCUCCACGGCGGUGCCCUGGUGGCCAGCUACCCGUUUGACAAUGGUGUUCCAGCGACAGGGACAUCACACUCCCGUAGCUUAACCCCUGAUGACGAUGUUUUCCAAUACCUUGCACAUACCUACGCUUCUAGAAAUCCCACCAUGAAGAAAGGAGACCAGUGUAAAAACAAAAUGAACUUUCCUAAUGGAAUCACAAAUGGCUACUCUUGGUAUCCACUCAAAGGUGGAAUGCAAGAUUACAACUACAUCUGGGCCCAGUGUUUUGAAAUUACGUUGGAGCUGUCAUGCUGUAAAUAUCCUCAUGAGGAGAAGCUUCCAUUCUUCUGGAAUAAAAACAAGGCCUCACUGAUUGAAUAUAUAAAACAGGUGCACCUAGGUGUAAAGGGUCAAGUUUUUGAUCAGAAUGGAAAUCCAUUACCCAAUGUAAUUGUAGAAGUCCAAGACAGAAAACAUAUCUGCCCUUACAGAACGAACAAAUUUGGAGAGUAUUAUCUUCUUCUCUUGCCUGGGUCCUAUGUAAUAAAUGUUACAGUCCCUGGACACAAUCCAUACCUCACAAAGGUGGUUAUUCCAGAAAAAUCCCAGAACUUCAGUGCUCUUAAAAAGGAUAUUUUACUUCCCUUCAGAGGACAGCUGGAUUCUAUCCCAGUAUCAAAUCCUUCAUGUCCUAAGAUUCCUCUGUAUAGUGAUUUGCCAAGCCACUCAGCUGCAACAAAGCCUGGUCUGUUCUUAUUUUUAGUGACUGUCUUUCACAUGUUUGUCAAAUAAAGCAAAAUGUGAAACACAACCCCCAUCACUACCUGGAAUCAGGGAUUACUCACGCCAGGUUGCUGCAACUCUUUGAACUCCCUCUGUGGGACCUUGACUGAAGAAACACCAUGGUCCUUCCCUAAGGAGAGAAAUGGUUGUUUUCAAACCACAACGAACAAUGUGUGGUGAUAACAAAAGGAAUGAUUUAAUCUUGACGAAUGGAAGACACCUUUCAAGUACUGUCCACUUACACUUAAUCUUGAAGUUGUCUUGGGAAUUUAUAAGAAAAACUUGAGAAUCAAGAAAGAAGUUCCUGCAAGAAAAAAAAAAAAAAGAAAAAGAAAAAAAAACAGCAAAUUUUGUACACAGAGAGCCAGGUGAAUAUAAGCAAUGAAGAUGAACAUGUACAUGGAGUAGAUGAACUGUCUACGGAACCUGGCCGUGAGUGCUGUAUGGGAAGAUACAGUUACGUGCCAUAUAUAAUUACUUCUCAGCACAGGGAGAAAUGAUGAUAGGACUGGGACAUAUUUCAUUUCACAAAUGUUCUAAGGAAAUAGUGGAAAGAGGCAGCCAUGUCUCAGUGGCUCAAGAAAAACCAUGGGCCUGAUGGGAUGACAAGGUUCUAUCUACAGAGCCCCAAACCAACAGUUCAAUUAAGUCCCUCCAUUCUGCACUCAGAUGCCACAGUUCUGUCAUGCUGAUGACCUCCAGAUGUAUAGUUCUAGCAUCUUGGCUGAGCUUCAAACUCAAGUCCCAACUUCCCACUGUACAUAUCCACCGGAGUUUGACCCCCAGGUACCUCAUACUCAAUGAUGUUGAAACUGAACAUAUUUUUCUCCCUGGAGCUGCUCUUACUUAGACCCUGUACUUGUCUCUGGUAUCACUGAACUUGAAACCUGAGAGUCAUCCUUGAUAUUCCCUCCUCUUCCCUCAGCCCAGAGUCAGUCAGUCACGAAAGACUGAUGUGAAUUACAAAAUGUUGAUUUAUUCUCCUCUCUCCAUGGCUGGCAACGGCAAGUUUAGGCCAUCGUGAUUCACUGGUACCAUUUCAACAGUUUUACUGCUCUCUUGUGCCUAGCCUUCUCUUCAAAUCUGUCUUCCACACAGCACUGGGGAAGAAGGUCUACUCAAAACAAAAAACAAUUAACGAACAGUUUGUGUCCUGCGUGUUAGCACCAUUCUGACCUACCACCGCUCCUUUCCCACUCCUUUAUAACUCAGUGCAGGUGUCAACUCCUCCAGGAAGCCUUUGCUGACCAUGAUCCCUCCCAGUCCUUUCCACUUCCUCCCAGUCAAUCUGGGGACCUUUCCUCUUUGGUGCUCAAAUUAAAUGGGUUACCUCUAUUAUGAAUUUACAACUGUAUUAUGAUCUAUUCUCAUUUGUGAUUUUCCCUAACAGAAUGUGAGCUUUGAGGGUCUGUUCAAUUAGUUUGAAAAAUUCAUUUUUCUAUCUUCAGAGCCCAGUACAUAGUAGAAACUGAAUGAAUGAGUGAACAAAGAGUUCCAUGAACCUAUACCCAGUCUCUCCCAGAAACCGUGUUGGGCUUUGAGUCAUUUUGUCCAACAAGGUCCUAUGCUUUGGCAAUCUCCAGCUCAGUAACAACUGACAGAAGAGUUUUCAAAUAUGUAUCAACAAAUAAACUCAAAUAUGGUGUUUUUAGUAUGCUUUGCAGUUAUCCUAAGGUUCAUAGUAAAUAUAUUAUGUUACCAGUUAACAACAUAAGCUACUUUUAUAUUGAAAAACAAAAUUUUUACCAUCAAUACUCAACUGAAGCAACUAUUCUCCACUAUCAGGAGAGUUAACCUAUCUUAAAAUAUUUUAUGUAAGAAUUAAGGGGGGAAACAUCAAACCAAAAAAUAGCAACUCCGAAGCAAAUUUCAAAAUGCUGUGUAUUGCUUAUGGAAUGUGAGUUCCUUGGUUCUUUAAACUGAAUGUUCCCUAGGAUCUGGAAAUGGAACUAUACUACACUUGCUACAUGAUGAAUGUGUGAGAACCACAAAUGAAUGGAAGCCACCCAGGCAUGUAGGAACUAUUCCUGUGCCAAGCUUAAUCCACAUGCACAAAAUCAUACUUGUUUAUCUAAACAGCAUUUGUAGUCCUUUUAUCUCUUAUAAAAUCUGGUAAUAAUUUGAA